AUGGGCAGACUUUGCUGGAAUGAAUGGGGACGAUUGCUCGCUCUGGUAGCGGGAACUUGUGAGCGAAAUCCUACUUACUCUAUCGUCCGUGAUGGUGUUGACAAUCCGAGCGCAGAUAUGACCUGGGGUUCCAUCUGGGCCAUUAUGUAUCGCAAAUUCUUCUGGGAUAUGAUUGGCGGGACCCUUGGGCCAGCUGGAAUCAUUCCAGGGAAUAACACAAAAUUCUUCGUGACUAUCGUUGUGAACCUACCUGUGCUGCAAAUCAUCAAUCUCUUGAUCGGUCUGGUCACACUAGCACUGGAAUGGCCGCUGCCGCUUAUCGACGGCACGGCCCUGCACCGGAGUUUAGUCUUUCGGAUGGCUUUCUACUUCUUCUCUGGAUUCCUUGGCAUCAUGGUGUACCAGACUGUGGACUGUGCGAUCUAUUACGUCAUCGUGUCUGCGGUCUUCACUCGUGCCAUGAUUCUUGGCGAGAGGAUCCUCUCGACGAAGGCUGUCCCGCAGAGCAUCGCUUAA